AGUUACUUUCCCCGGCUAGAAACUUGUUAUUUUGACUUUCCAGUACGAGUGCAACGCAGUGUUCUUCGCUCAGCACGCUAUAUAUUUUUUAAAUCAUAAAAUACACACACGUCCCUUACUUUCACACGCUAAUUGCGUGCAACUGCAAAACGCAGAUCUACUCAGUAGUAAUGAUUUUGUAAUAUGACAUAAUGGCUGCCGAGUCUGUGCUUACGGUAAGCUAGCCGGCUAAGCUAGCAAGCGCUAUAAGCUACAGCUAACUUUGGUGUUUUUUAGCGAGGCCGGGGGUUUUAAAGUCAUGGCGGCGGGUCGAGGGGGCGACGCGGGCGCCUCGUUCGAGGCUGUGCUGGACAGAAAGUUGCUGAACGUGACGAACACAAUGGACUCCAUCCAAGGACUGUCAACGUGGUGUAUCGACUACAAGAAGUACCACAGCAUGAUAGUGAGGCAGUGGAUCAAGUGUUUAAAGAAAUCAGCGGACACUUCACACAAGCUCAACCUUUUUUACCUCGCCAAUGAUGUCAUUCAGAACUGUAAAAGGAAAAAUGCUAUGGUUUACCGUACUGCAUUUGCUGAUGUUCUCCCUGAAGCUUUUUUGCUGUUAAAACAUGAAGGUGAUGCCAAGGUGGUACAAUCUGUGGAGAGGAUACUGGGCAUUUGGCAGGAGAGAAGUGUAUAUUCUGAAGCACUGAUCACUGAGCUAAGAAAUAGCUUGGUCAAAGAAGAGUCCCCACCUGUGACACCUGUGGAGCAAACAAAUCCAGUUGAGUCCAAAGCAGAGCUUCGGUCCAAAAUUGUUGCAGAAUUUGUGCCUCAGGCAUUGAUAGACCAACUUUUACAACACAAAAGGUCUCUGGAGGAGGUGGACCUCGGAGAAAAACAAGUGGCAGCCAUGAGGGUUGACAUAUGCAGUUCUGAUGCGCUCAAGAAACUAAAAGAUAAGGCAGGAGGAAAGAAGUUCUCCAGGGACUUUGAAGAAGGCAGUACUCAGUUACAAGAGUUUGUGAAGUUUUUUGACAAACAAAACAAAACAGGGCCUCCUCUCCUGGAAGCCUUGAGCAACGCAGAUAUCUUCUAUGAGAUGCAGUACAAAGAGGUCAAGAUUGUUGCAAAUGCAUACCAGACAUUCGCUAACCGAGUGUCCCAUCUGAAACGCAAGCUGGACAACCUAAAGGCCACCUUACCAGAUCUGGAUGAGUCGCCUAUUCCUUCACCUUCUGCUGACGCACCGUCUCCAACAGGCUCAGAAUCUCCUUUCCGUGACCUAGAGGUGACCAACCCCAAUCCAGAUAUUGAUGGCUCUGCUAUGGAUGAGGAAGCAGAGCCUCCUGCACCGAGUCCUUUGUCAUCUAUGGGAGAAUCCCCCAAACAUGAGUUGAAUUUUGGAGAAAAUGAUAACCGUGAGGUAGAGGACAUGGACCUGUCAGACGAUGAAUUGGUCAGCGGAGGCAUUAUCGUUGACGAGCAAAUCAAGGUCCCUUCAACAUUGGAUCCAAUCCAUCCAUCCGAUCCCAUCGAUAAAAACACUGAGCCAUUCAAAGCAACAGCUCAGCCUUCCCCCGAUCCAUAUGCUACACCUGUACCAUCUCCGACACACAGUGUGGAAAGUGUUGACAUGAGUAAAAUCGGCUCCAUCCUCAGCAGUAUAAGUUCGUCUAUGAGUACCACAGGACCAUCAGUGGCGAGUCCUUCUGCCGCUAGCCCUUAUUCAUCAGUAGAAACCAUACCUGCUGUCUCUCAGGAUGCCAGUUCUCUGGUUGACAUCCUGUCAAAGGUGGACGUGAUUCCUGCAGAUCUCCUUAGUGCUCUGUCUAAGGUCCAGACACAAGUUGGCCUUGAGGGCAUCACUUCUCUUCUGAGCAGCUCUGCUCCAAAAGUACCGGCCGAGUCCUCCAAUACAGGCAAGACUCCUCCCUCUUCCUCAUUUACUACAGCUUCAGCAGCUCCCACUGAAAGCUCCACUGCCUCCUCUGCUGCACUUGUGCCUUCAUCAUCAUCUAGCGCCGGUGUCGAGCAGAGUACAGGCUCCCUGGUGCCUGCUCAGAACAAGCCACUAUCUGCCCCGAUGCAGGAUGUCCACAUAGACAAAGAAUUGGAAUCAACAAAAUCAGACAGUUUGGAAUCUAAAAUUCACAACUUCCUGCAAGGCAAUCCUGCUUUUAACAACUUUGACCUUAGUUUCACUGUGAAUACACCUCAGAGGGUGGAUAGCCUGAGCCCAGGAACAGGAACAGACACACAGGAUGGGACCCCAGUGCGGGAUGAGGGGGGAGGCACCCCAACCCAGGAUGAGGUUAUGGACAUGCCAGUAGGGCCAAAAAGUGUGGGGCCAACAUCCAAAGCCGGCCAGAACAAUCUCCUACAGAACCCAGAGACCAGCAAAUUGCACUUGCAGGCUAUUGUAGGUCAGAACGGGCAGGGGUAUCAACCAUACCCAUAUGGAGACAAGAAUAUGACAGAACCUAUUGCACAAUUCCAGCCAAUUUCCACUCAAGGUGGAGGUCCAGGCAGCAUAGGUAGUACACAGACCUUUGAGGGCAUGGGUGACGGAGGGUGGUAUGGUAAGACGUACUCUGAGGGGGGCUUCCAGCAACCCACAGGUUACAAUGUGACAAUGCCUGCUCAAAACCAGACAUCUGGUGUGUUUGAUUUCCAAGCAAAACAAACUCAGGAACCUCAAGGGUUUCCUUCUCAGCAAACUUCUUCAGAUUUCUUUAGGAUCCUCCUUCCCCCUGUCCCUAAGUUACCACCCCCUCCAAGGGUCUUUGACCAACCACCUUCGGGGACCAACCAUCCAAUGGCACACGCAGAGAAGCCGGCAGCACCUCAAACAGACUUUGGGGCAUUGCUUCAGAACAGAGGUGUACCUGGGAUGGUGGUCCAAGACCAUGGACCCAAGUCAAUGUUUCAUACAGAUGAAACAUUGUAUGGCAACCCUGAGGACCAAAAUCCUCCUCCAGACAACAUGCACUACCCAGAAGACCACGAGCAUUAUCAUGAAGACGUCCACCACCACCGCGGUCCUCGCUUCCAGAACAGCCCAUACAGCCCACCAGAUGCUCCUUUCUUUCAACGGGGUAGCCUUAGACCUCACCCCCCCAGAAUCAGGGGACGCCUGACUCCCCCUCACUCACCCUCACAGGAUGCUUUUUACAACCAGGAUUUCCAGAGACCGAGCCCCCCUCGUCCUCAUAAUGCGCCUCGAAGGCCACCCCCUCCGCCCCGUUUUGAAAUGCGCCCCCCUGGCUUGAGACCUCCACCUCGUCCCCCACACCCAGCACACCUGUUCCCUAGGGGCCCUCCUCGUGUGCCUUUUCCCCGUUUUCAUGGUCCCGAACCGAGAUUGAGAGGCAAGCGUUUAGUACCCAUGGGAGGGUUGAAUCCUGGUCCCAUGUUUGCUCCGAAAAGACCAUUCCCACCCCCAAGGUACUAACUGUUCAAGUAGUUCAGACAAACCGCUACAAAAGGUCCAGUCACUGGCAUGGGUGAUCACUGACUUAAGAGGGCGUCCAUUAGUGCUGCAUUAGAGGCGAUUAUAAUAAGAAACAACACAAAAACUAUAUCUAAAAUGGAGAACUCGUCAAGAAUCAAGAAAUAAUGGAAGAGAGCAGACCUCACCAGGAAAGAAUCCAGAUGCUCCCAGGAGGCUGCGCAGGAAAAGACAGAAGAUUAAAGAAAAAAAGAGGUGCAUAUUUACUUACAUCUUUUUUUUUUUUUUAUUCCCAGGUUGAAGCUUUUCAGUAAAUAUGUAAUUAAUUGUCAGUUUGAUACAGUUCACAUUGUGUGCAUGGUAUGUGCAUAUGUGGUCAAGUGUCUUUAGCUAGCCUAGAAAGUAUCAAAAUGAAUUAUUUUAUGCUUAAUGUCAGCUGUUAUUUUAGUUUUGUUAGCAGUUUCCUACCGGCCAUUUUCCCACGGACAAAAUAUCCUUAAAUGAAUAUAACGUAUUUUUUUAGUUUUGUGUAAAAUUGAUCUUUCUUCUGCAAGACACGUUAGCAUGAUUGACAGUAAGUUAAGACUCUAAAAUCUAGAUUUGAAGUUAUGGUCUCUUCACUAGUACGGACGUUCGCUUUGGCAAUAGUUCUAUAGAGAUUUCUUUCAGCCUCCCGCCCAUUGCAGAAGCAGUCCAUUUUUUGGAAGAAGAAGGAAGAUGCUUCAGUUUCAUUUAUUUGUACUAAUAAAAGUUGGAUUUUCAAAAAA